AUGUUAUUUGAGGAUGUGCGAUUUAUCCAUGAGGAUUUGGAACGGCUGGAGCAGGCCGUUGCCGACCGAGUUGCUGAUAAUCCAUCAAAUAUUCGACAAAGCCUAGCAAGAGAUCACGAAGUUGCGCACUUCCUCAAAAGAAUCGAGGAGCAGUCACAGCGCCUGCUAGAGAUCUACAACGAUACCGAUAGACAGCUCGACAAAGAAGCGCAGACGAUCUCGACCGGCGAUCAAUUCGAGAAUUUCUACAAGCAGCUGGACGACAUCAGGGAAUUUCAUAAGCGAUAUCCAAAUGAGCCCGUUGAGAACCUGGAACGUGCAUACAAGCGUCGCCAACCAGGCGAAGGGGAAAUUCCCCGUGUUGAUGUGGACGCCAUGUUCACCGGAGAGGAGGCUUUCGGUCAAUUCCUUGAUCUCACCAUGAUUCACGAACAAUACUUGAACCUCCCCGGCGUCAAGCGAAUUGCGUAUACUCAGUAUCUGGGUAUUUUUGACGAGUUUACACCACCGGUCAUGAACAUCAAGCGCAAGGACAAAAUUUCAGACAAGUACUUCAACUACGUUGGCGACCUUGCGAGUUACCUUGAAAGCUUUAUAAAACGGACGCGACCGUUGCAGGAUCUUGACAGGAUGUUCGGCUUGUUCGACGAACAAUUUGACACCAAGUGGGCCGCUAAAGAAGUGCCGGGUUGGACAAGCGAGAAGACAGAAAACAAUACCCCUGGUCCCCAGACACAAGGGACGGGAGCCGGAAUUUGGUGCUCGGACUGCGAGAAAGAGUUCAGCAACGACAACGUGUAUCGCAAUCAUCUGACCGGAAAGAAGCACAUUCGGAACGCCGAGGCAAAGUCAGCCGGAAAUUCCGAGGAACAACCUACCGCUUCCUCUUCACAAAGAGGAGUUUCUACGUUCAGUCUGAAAGAGCGCGCAGUGGCUGAACGCGAACAUCGUGUUCGUUGCUUGGCGCAGGAGCUCGAAUCCACCCGCAAGGCCACUCGGGAUAAUGUUGAGCGUAGACAGGCUAUGACGGAACGCGAACGCCGAGCUGAUAAUGAAGCUAUGAUGGCAGACCCGGAAGAAUACGCACACGCUGGUGAUGGAGACAUGUCGGAUGACGAAGAAGAUGAUAAACUCUACAACCCAUUGAAGCUGCCGCUUGCGUGGGAUGGAAAACCCAUUCCUUACUGGCUGUACAAGCUGCAUGGUUUGGGUACGGAGUAUCCGUGUGAGAUUUGUGGCAACUUUGUCUACAGGGGACGCCGUGCUUUCGAUAAGCAUUUCUCAGAGGGUCUCCACAUCUACGGUCUGAAAUGCUUGGGAAUCACGUCCAACACUAACCUCUUCCGUGAAAUCACUCGCAUUGACGAGGCUGUGCGUCUCUGGGAAAAGCUUGAGCGAGACCGCAAGAAGGAGCGCGAAUCUCGGGACAACGUCGUACAGAUGGAGGACGCCGAAGGCAACGUUAUGCCGGAAAGAAUCUACUUGGAGUACGUUUCCUCAUCUCCCGCUUUUGGCUCACCUGACGAUGCUGACAUUUUCAUCUCUAGUCUUCAAAAACAGGGUAUUCUCUAG